UCUAUGCUUAUUAAAUUCCAAAGCAUGGAAAGGGGAAAAAAGGUUGAUUUCAACAGUAUACAACUUCAAAGAUCUUCUGUUUCUUCACAGUGAUAUUUUGAGAGAAGAUGGGGAAAGGCUGCAAGGUUGUCGUCUGCGGGCUGCUAUCUGUUGGGAAAACAGCAAUUUUGGAGCAGCUCCUUUAUGGGAAUCAUACUGUUGGAAUGGAAGACUGUGAAACAAUGGAAGAUGUGUAUAUGGCUUCAGUGGAGACGGAUCGGGGAGUGAAGGAGCAGUUACACCUUUACGACACCAGAGGCCUGCAGGAGGGUGUGGAGCUGCCAAGGCACUACUUCUCGUUUGCUGACGGUUUUGUCCUUGUGUACAGUGUGAAUAACCUUGAAUCCUUUCAAAGAGUGGAGCUUCUGAAGAAAGAAAUCGACAAGUUCAAAGACAAAAAAGAGGUAGCAAUUGUUGUACUAGGAAACAAAAUCGACCUUUCUGAACAAAGACAAGUGGACGCUGAAGUGGCACAGCAAUGGGCAAAAAGUGAGAAAGUGCGACUCUGGGAGGUGACGGUUACAGAUCGGAAAACAUUGAUAGAACCAUUCACUUUAUUAGCCAGCAAACUUUCCCAGCCCCAAAGCAAGUCGAGCUUUCCUUUACCUGGAAGAAAAAACAGAGGGAAUUCUAGCUCUGAGAACUAAAAAUGAAUAAUGCUAGUUGUUAGUGAUUGCCUUUAAGUUGUCUGUCCUGUGAACAUACUUAUAAUAGGCUAUUUUUAAUUUUGUUCCUUCGGAAACCCCUGCACAGUAAUUUAACACAUUUUAAGUUAUUUGGAUUAAGUUUAUUAUUGUUGUUAUUAUUUAUUUGUUUAUUUUUGCCAGAGCACUGAUCUAUUCUGGCUUAUAGUUGUGUGGGGGAUUGAGCAUGGGACUUUGGAGCCUCAGGAAUGAUAGUCUUUUUGCAUAGCCAUUAUGCUAUCUAUCCCCACCCAGUUUGUUGCUGUUGACUAAUAUGAAGUAAUACAUUUGCACUCUUGUUUGAAAUUAAACAACCUUGUUAUGUUGCGUGUCUCAAAAAAGUAAAAUAGACUUUGGGUGGUAUGUGAAUGCCCUCUCUGGCUGGAAAAGCUUCAAAAUGUUGUUUUAAAGUUGAUAAUCUAAUGUCUAAAGUUUUAAAAUGACACUCAUGUGUAUCCAAACUGGACUCUGAGCACACUGGGUACUAUCAAUAUAAAGUGGGCUAAAAUUUAUCUUGUGGGGAUUUUACUAAAUAGAACAAAAUCUGUGACUUAGCUUUAUACAAAUUUCCUUCAGCAUGCUCUGAAGUAGUAGUAUAGAAAGGCUGUAUAAAUCCAGCUGUAUUCCUUUUUUUUAAAUGUUUAUUUAUUAUUAUAUAGAGACAGAAAUUGAGAGAGGAAGAUGGAGAGAAAGAGAGACAGAGAGACACCUACAGCCCUGCUUCACCACUUGUGAAGCUUUGCCCCUGCAGGUGGGGACUAAGGGCUUGAACCUGGGUCCUUGCGCACUGUAACAUGCGUGCUUAACCAAGUGCGCCACUGCCUGGCCCCAAUCUAGCUGUAUUCUUUAGAGCACUCUAGGACAGUAAUGGGUGUCCAUUUUCUACAAGAAAUAUACAUUCACGAAUAGUUUCUGGAUAUGUAUCAUGUGGAAUAAAUGUACAUAUAAAUAUUACUAUUAUCUUAAAGAGAUCUGAGGGACUUGGGCAGUAGCACAGCGGGUUAAACGCACGUGGCACAAAGCGCAAGCACCAGCUUAAGGAUCCAGUUCGAGCCCCAGUUCCUCACCUGCAGGAGAGUCGCUUCACAGACGGCGGUGAAGCAGGUCUGCAGGUAUCUGUCUUUCUCUCCCUUUCUCUGUCUUCCCCUCCUCUCUCCAUUUCUCUCUGUCCUAUCCAACAAUGAUGACAUUAAUAACAAUAACUAUAAUAAUAAUAAAAAAACAAGGGCAACAAAGGGGAAAAUAAAUAAAUAAAGACAUCUGGAUUUGUUCUGGUUCUCUGAAGAUUUUGGUAACAUCUAAGCAAUAGAGUGAGUUGGUGAUAUUUAAUCUUGCAAUCAGGGUCUUCACAUCAGAUAUUUCUUAAGUCUACGCUUAAUUAGUUCAAACUAAGAACUACUGUUGAGGAAGAGAGAAAAUUAUUUCUGGAUGUUAGAUAUAACUUGUGGCCACCUGGAAGGCAUGUGUUACCGCUGAGAUAAACCCUUAGUCCUGUUUAACAAAUACCUUUCUGCUUUCUCUUUUCUUAUUGAAUACAACUUAGAUCUGUUCAUACACACAAUUCAGUAUUCCUUUUAAUUGUUUCAAGGUUUUGUGUUUUUUUUAGGUGGAGUAAAUACAAAGAAAUAGAACUUCUGGCUUAUAGCAUAUGUACCCUUCUAGAAGCCAUAUUAGAGGCCAACUUGGCGGUAGCUAACAUAUCUAAUAGAGAACCUUUCUCAUGUGCUUGUCAUGACAGCAAGUUAGAAGAUGCUUUUAAAAUGAAGCAAUUCAUCUUUGUUUUUUAUCUCUUCUGUUUCAAUCAAGGCUACUGAAUAAUAACAAACUGAUUGUAAAUUAAGUGCUUCGAAGAGAUAAGAAUAUUGUAAUUUAUAGUCUGCAUUAUUUCUAAUAAUGGUUGGUUUUAGUAGCAAAAAUAGAUCAAGUAUUAAAAGAAAAUGUACGCAGAAA